GAACACGAUCAGUCACAUGACCGGAUGUACACAGACACUGGAGAAGGAAGUGCAGCGGUAUCAACUUGGGAAAAGGGGAGUGGAUUUGUGGAAGGAAAGGCCGAAAAAACAUUACUAACCACACUUGAAAAGCGCAUCGCAAGACGCCUGGCCGGGGUACGAAACAGUUUCAGCACAUUUCAUCUUCGUCCGUGGACUGAACGAAUAACAUUAGCAAGGAGUGCUCAGUUGUGACUCCCCUGCAGUAGAUGCCGUAGUUCAGCAUGAGCGUGAAAGCCUUCGAGUUGGUCCCCGCCGUGGAGCGGGACCUCCUGAUGGGAGACAAGGCUCGGAUCAACAUAGAGUGCAUCGAGUGCUGCGGGAAGCACCUGUACGUGGGCACCAAUGACUGCUUCGUACAUCACUUCCUGCUGGAGGAGCGCACCACGCCCAAGGGCAAGCUGGCCUUCUGCGCCCAGAAGCUGCUGCACAAGUGCCUGGGCCUCAAGAAGCCCGUCAACGAGCUGAAGGCCGCCUCGGCCCUGGAGCGCCUCAUCGUGCUCUGCGACAACACCGUCACCGUGGUGGACAUGGUCAACCUGGAGGCCGUGUCCUCGGGCGGGGCCCGGAUCAAGGGCGUGGUCUCCUUCUGCGUCAACGAGAACCCGGUCAACGGUGACCCCUUCUGUGUGGAGCUGGGGGUGAUCGCCACCAAGCGGCGGACGGUGCAGAUCUACAUGGUGUACGAGGACCGGGUGCAGAUGGUCAAGGAGGUGUCCACGCCCGAGCAGCCAUGCGCCGUCUGCCUGGACGGCUACUUCCUGUGCCUCGCCCUCUCCACGCAGUACAUGAUCCUCAACUACAACACGGGGGCCUCCCAGGACCUCUUCCCCUACGACAGCGAGGAGAAGAAGCCCAUCGUCAAGAGGAUUGGGAGGGAGGAGUUCCUCUUAGCCGCCCCUGGUGGCCUGGGGAUGUUUGCGACGGCGGACGGGGUCUCGCAGCGCGCCCCGGUGAACUGGUCGGAGAGCGUGAUCGGCGCCGCCGUCUGCUUCCCGUACGUGGUGGCGCUGGAUGAGGGCUUCGUCACCGUGCACAGCAUGCUGGACCAGCAGCUCAAGCAGACGCUGUCCUUCAGGGACGGCCACAUCCUGCAGGACUUCGAAGGGAAGGUGGUGCUGGCGUCGACGAAGGCGGUGUACGUGCUGGUGCCCCUGCCCCUGGAGAGACAGAUCCAGGACCUGCUGGCGGGACACCGCGUGGAGGAAGCCCUCACUCUGGCCGAGGGUGCGAGGAGAAACAUCCCCAAAGACAAGUUCCAGAUCAUGCACAGAAGAAUCCUUCAGCAGGCAGGAUUCAUACAGUUUGGACAGCUUCAGUUUUUAGAAGCGAAAGAGCAUUUCAGGAAGGGGCAGCUGGACGUGCGGGAGCUCAUCUCCCUCUACCCGCUGCUGCUGCCCUCCUCGUCGUCGUUCACGCGCUGCCACCCGCCGCUCCACGAGUUCGCCGACCUCAACCACCUGGCGCAGGGCGACCAGGAGAAGGUGCGGCGCUGCAAGCUGUUCCUCGUCAGCUACCUGCGGGAGGCGCGGAGCACGGAGGUGGCCAACGGCUGCCGCGAGGACGUGGACACGGCGCUGCUCAAGCUGUACGCCGAGGCCGACCACGAGAGCCUGCUGGACCUGCUGGCCUCCGAGAACGCCUGCCUGCUGGCCGACAGCGCCCCCUGGCUGGAGAAGCACCACAAGUAUUUUGCACUUGGACUCCUCUACCGCUAUAAUGGCCAGGAUGAUGCUGCAUUGCAGCUAUGGGUGAAGGUCGUGAAUGGAGACCUUCAGGACUCGACCCGCUCCGAUCUCUAUGAGUAUGUUGUGGACUUCCUGAGUUUCUGCCCCAACCUGGACCUGGUGUGGAAAUACGCAGAAUGGGCCUUACAGAAGGACCAGAAGGUGGGUGUCCAGAUCUUCACAAGGAGAACAGUGAGCGAUGACCAGGCUGGCCAGAUGAACCCAGAUUCCAUAAUCAAGUACCUGCACAAGUACCAGCAGGCCACACUUCUCUAUCUGGAGCACCUUGUUCUGGAAAGGAGAGUUCAGAAAGAGAAACUCCACACACACCUGGCUGUUCUGUACCUGGAUCGAGUGCUGGGUUUGCUCUCCCAGAGCCCCUCUCCGGCCCAGGAGGUGGCCAAGGCUCGGGAACAGCUCCAGAAGCUGCUAAAGGAGUCCAAUCUGUACAGAGUCCAGCUGCUACUGGGUAAGCUGCAGGACACAGAGCUGCUGCUGGAGCGUGCCACUCUACACGGGAAGCUGGAGGAGCACGACAAGGCGCUGCACAUCCUGGUGCACCAGCUGAAAGACUUCCCCGCCGCCGAGGGCUACUGCCUGUGGGCGUCGGCCUCCCGGGACGAGGAGCACCGGCGGCGGCUCUUCCACCUGCUGCUGGGCGUGUACCUGGACCCGGACGCCCCCGGCGACGAGCGCACGGUGGCGGCCGUGGACCUGCUCAACCGCCACGCAGGCGCCUUCGACGCCGCGCAGGUGCUCCGCCUGCUCCCCGAGGGCUGGUCCCUGCAGCUGCUCCGCCCCUUCCUGAGCGGGGCGCUGAGGGGCGCCAUGCACGCCCGCCGCACCUCCCAGGUGGCCCUGGGGCUGGCGCGGGCCGAGAACCUGCUGCUCAAACACGACAGGCUGAAAUACCGAGGUGGGCCGGUCUUCGUGUCGGAGAAGAAGGGAUGCCAGCUGUGCCAUAACACGUUCACCGAGCCGGACUGCGUGUGCCUGCCGGGGGGCGUGCCCGUCCACACGCACUGCGCCGCCCAGAGGGCCAGAGACUCGCCCAGGAAAAGGCCCAGCGCCAAUCCCAGCAACCACACAUGAGCCCCGCCCCCCACUUCGUGCUCCGCCCACCUUCGCCAGGAGAGGGCCGAACAGACUGCCGUGAGAGGAGGGGAAGAUAAGCACAGGCCCGUCAUAGGCCCCGCCCAGCAGAGACUCUCGGCCGCAGAGCGCCAAACACAACGCCGCUCUGGCUGUCCCCUCCCACACACAGACCCCAUUCUGUGUGAGUGCAGGAGGGUGUGGGGCUGUUUGUCCAUCAUUAUCUCUCCAGGCAAUGGUUAAGGCCGAAAGACAAACUGUGAAUACUGUUCUUUAAAAAAAAACAAAACCCUCCAUCAAACGCAAUGGCAGAAAAACAAAGAAAACAAACUUUUAACGUAAAGCUUAAAAAACUGAAAAUAAAGCUUUUUAAGCACCCAAAGGGCUGUGGUAGUUCUACACUUCAGUCUUUCCCUUUAUAGCUCUUGUCCGUGGCUGUACCGCCAGCCGUUGUCUUGGGAUUGGCGGAGUGAGUGAGUGAGCCUCUCGCGCGGCUGUGUUGCAAUCACAGACACCUUUGGCAAAGCACCACUCCUGAGCGCUUACAGGCCCGUAUGUUCCCUUCAAGAUUUCGGGAGAGGGUUCCACUGUAUCCCUCCGGCUGUUCAUCCUAAACCUAACCACUUCCGUGUUCCCUCAUACCCGUUAUCACUGGUUCUGGAGCUGCGUCCAGAUUGGGGAGAAGGUCGAUGCAUUCUUUCUUUUUUUUUUUCCACCCCGUUAAUGAUUUGGUUGCAGGAAAUUGCAGAUGCACUGGACUGGGAUGGAUGUCUGCUGAACUCGAUGUGAAAAAGGGGAGAUGUUCCUUAAAUUUUAGCCUUACUGGUCUGGGAGUCAGAAUGGUUGGCUCGGACAGUUCCAUCUUUUUGAACGCAUCUCUGUCACUCCUUACCCCACUUGGGGAAGCACACGAGAGAGGUGCCAAACGUUUGUGCAAUUUUUAAGUUAAACGAGUAAUUAUUGCUGUAUUUGAGAAAGGCACCCUGGUUAACUUCAACGUAUUUGUUUCCUUAGCAAACAGGCUAUUUUCCACACCUUGCUUAGUUUAAAUAAUACAUUCUUUCCAUUUCAGCUGUACCUACAACAGACUUUCAUUCAGGAUUCAAACCACAACAUUACAGUACACACAUUUAUAUUGGCAGCCAUUUUGUAUUUACAGUAGGAGAAAAAGGGAAAUGUAGUUCUUGAUAGUGGUAUCAGUACGAGGGAAAACUACAAAUCACAGGCGGUUUCCAGAUAUCUUCAGUGUCUACUGUAGCUCUUAUGUUGGAGCUUUUAGAAAAUACCAAGGCUAUCAGAUGUUUUAUUUCUAUUUUAUUAAUGUGCAAUGGAAAGAUAUAAUUAACCAUGCCUCUAAAUGAUGAAAUUCUCAUUUGUGUGAAAUGAUAUAUGGUGUAUGUCAGCUCGGACUUGUUUCUGCCAGGAGGAAUUUGAAGAGCACAAGCCCAUGAGGGAAGAUUCAUGGACAUCCCAGAGCCCCCUUCUCUUUUUGUAACUUGGAUCUUCCACCUGUAGCCCCGUUCUCUCUGGUUGUUAGCUGGCGACCCUCUUCCGCAACCCCUCCUCCUUUCCAGUAGAAUUGGCAUCUUUUUAAAGCUGGUGUGUUUGGAAGCGAAUAGCGGUUACCCCAGCGUUACUCAAUUACCCAUGAGGUUCGCAUUGUGCUGCGUGCUGUGUGUGCUGUACCUGUCCGGCACCUUCCUACUUCCUGUCUUGAACAGGAAGUAAAGCUUUGCUUUAGCGGUAGCUAGUAUUCCAGCCUCAGGAGGCUCCCUGAUUGAUGACGCCGUGAGAUUGAACAGGUCAGUGUAAGAAGCCUCGCUUUGUGUGAAAGCCUUACCCCACUACAGUGUAUGGUGUCUGAACAGUUUUCAGUGUUCUGUUCUUCAGUUCCAUAUCAUUUGUCAGAGACCAGAGGUCUGCAACCCUGGUACUGAAGAGUUGCAGGGUCUCCUGGUAUUUGUUUUCACUUAAUAAUCAGCCCCAAGAACCCAGGUGAGUUAACCGUGUACUCAACCACUUUUAACGGAUCAAUUAAUUCUCUACAAAUACCAGCACACUGAAGCUCUCCAAGGCCAGGGUUGCGGAUCUCUGUCCUAGACCAUGUGCUCUGGUGUGCUGUUCUGUGUUGCAUGCAAGGGUUUAAUCAUUAUAGCUGACAUUUAACCCUGUUUUUAAAUGGUGGGCUUUAUCAUUGAAAAACAGACUUGUAAUGUGAUUUGAUACGGAUGAGAUGUAUUAAGUGUAAAGCUUUGGCAUUUAAAACUUUUUUGUAAGAAAAAACUGCUCCCAGAUACUUGAAUGUGUAUAUAUGAACAUAUUUUAUAUUUUUUAAUCAUGUGCGUUAAGUUCUUUUUCUAACACUAGAAGCUAUGAGUGGGCAGAAUAUCAGAAUACAGUUACAGUGAGCGGUGACGCCCCAGUGUUCUCAACAUGUCUGCUGGAUUGUGACAUCAGAGCCACUGCCAGUACAGAAAUCUCUGCUUCCAGGCAGCAGUUCCAGGGGUCCACUGAUCCUAGAUCAUCAAGCACAGUCAUGUGACCUCACACAAUUAUAGCAGUAAAACUGAUUUAACUCAUUGGCGGAUUGUCCCUCUUGGGUACAGAGCCUAGGACACACAUCAGCUCUCUCAGGUGUUGAUUUAAUCAUUGUGCAGAUGGUUUUGGCUCUAUGCUUGGAAUGAGGUGGGGAGGGUUAGCUGCUGGUUGCGUUGUGCUGGGAAAGCGUGUGUCCCCAGAGUGGGACGCAGCUGUGUCGGAGUGAUCACAACGGGCUCUUCUUUGUUGUGAUGUCCUGAGGCCGUUGAAAGUGGAGUAUGAUGACCACAGUGGCACGGCCAGUCUCAUCUGUGUAGAUCUCCAGAGAGGAGGAGAAAUUGCCAAUGUAAGGUGGCACUUAUGCGCACAAUGAACUUGAGGCCAAUCUCUCUCCUCUUAUUAGAUGUCAACAACAGCAUCCUGUCCUUACUGGGGGAAAGAUAGAAUCAUCUGUAAUUCUGAGAUUAUCUACUUUUGAUAGGCUCGAUGUUCCUCAACAGUUACACGUGUAAAUGGUUGUGACCUGCCUGUCUGUGUUACAGUAUCAAACUUGUACUGUGAACUGCUCAUCCUGGCAACCUGCUCAUUUUGGUCUAUAGUAUUCUGCAAGAGAAAUACUGUCUUUCAUCAAAUGUGAUUUUUUUUUUGGGGGGGGAAGAAAAAAAUUACCCAGGCUUUUUCAUGGUUGUCAUUUUAAUCCACAUUUUGCAGCCUCUUUUCUAUGCUUAUCCUGUAUGCAGAUUACUCCUGUGUUGUAAUGGCUAAUAUAACAGGGAUAAUGAGACCCUGCUGGCCAAUUUAAUUGUACUGAAGUAAGGAACUACAAUAUCCAGAUGAGCAGUGCUUCAGUCGCAAUUCUACACAACAAAAAAAUAAACGUAUGCCCAAAAUAUAACUCUCCUUCCCCCUCCAUGUUGUGUGAGGUUGUCUGGCUCGGCACGUCUGUGUACUGCUUGUGCUACAGUUUAACUCCAACCUCCGUGAAGUUACCCAGGCCUAACAGAAAGCCUCCCUCUAAAGUACAGCUGCCACCCCAGAAAUGUUCCUCUAGUCCAGUGAGACUCCCCUGCCCCCUUUCCAGUGGGUUUGGAUGAUUCUCCCAAUUUUUAAUAAGUGUGUGUCUGACCGUCAAUGCCUCCUCGCUCCUCAGCUUCCCGUGGCACUAAACUAGUUACAUUUAUAUCUGUAGGUGUGUAUGUGUAUCUGUACAGAUACACCGUAUAUUUGUACAUUUAUGCAUGCAUGCAUAUGGUAGACAUACAGUACAUAGUGUUGCUUUGUAAAUCCAUACAAAUGUAGGUGGAAUGUACAAAAUGUAAAGUCCAUUUUCAAUAAAAGUGACAAAGUUUAUUUUGUCCCAACCUAA